AUGAAUAACGAGCAAUGGGUCGACCUUAUCUUCACGAUCAUCAGCAUUUUCUCAACUUUGAUGGCGGUGCUUGUCAUUUAUAUUGUCAUCUUUCAUUCGCCGUCAACUAUGAAAGGAUACACUCGGUAUAUCAUCAAUUACACUGUAGGUAUUUAUAGGGUAACAGAAUUUCAAGAACAUUAUUAAUUUUAUUCUUUUAGGUAUGGGAUUUUUUAUUUUCCCUGAAUCUUGGAGUACUUGUAAAGCCUCAGUUUACCCCUCCAUUUAACUGCAGCUACAUCAAUGGAUGGUUCAGAUUUCUGGGCCCAGAUUGGGCCCCAAUCAUCUCUGUAAGAAAUACGAAAGCAUACCUAGAGUUACCGCCAACUUCAGAUGAUAGGGAUAGUGAAUACCGGAGGGAAUUGUCUCUCAACUCAAUGUCUGUGCUUGUUUUAUCGCUUCGUCGUUCUUUGGAAUGAGCCCUUUUGGAAUUCAUUGGUAGUUUCGCCGCGAGCUUGGGUCGUUGGAUACAUCAUCACAUCCUGUAUUUGCUUUUCCACUUAUUUCAUUUUUUCGCCAAUGAUUACACUUGGACCGGUAAGAAAUUUUUUUGAACAGUCCAGUUCAGCCCCCCCUUGACCCAGUAUAAAAGAAAUUUUUUUUCAUUAUGGGGGGGGGGGGGUGUGAAAUGGAAAACAGUGGGGGGUUUGAACUACUUUUCCUGGGGGGCUGAAAACUACCAAAGCCCCCAAUUUUCAAAAAAAAGCAUCUUGUGAUUUGAUGGCCAGAUGUUCCGCAAUGUAGCUGGUUUCAGGAAAUGCUGGAUCUCAUAGAAGCGACAGCAAGGAAGUACCCGAAUGCCACAAAACCAGUCCUCAGCAAGAACCCCAUUAUGUUUACCGACCCCAACAAUGUGCAUGCCCUCUACACUGUUCUCUUUGUGGUCAUUGGAUUUCUUAUCGCCGAAUCGGUUUCAUUUGUCACCGUUUUCUUCCUGUUGCGAAUCUUAGAAUCCAAGAAGGCCAGUUUCUCUAAAGCCACGUACAAAUUGCAUCGGCAAUUGCUUAUCGCCUUGGCCGUCCAAGUAGGUUUUAUCCCAAACUUCCCAAACUUUUUUGAUCAAUGUCUCAGUAAAAGCAUCGUGUAUUUCUAGCUCCUCACCCCGUUCCUAUUCAUCAUGCUCCCCGUUACGUAUGGAAUCUAUCUAAUCUAUCCUGUAAUAAGAGUAGACAGUUUUACAGCCGGUCUGAUUAUCAAUUAUAUUGAACUUUAUGGGACCUCCAAUUCGAUCGUAACUUUAUAUUUUAUCAAACCGUAUAGAACGUAUCUCAAAGAGAAGUUCUUGCAAAUUGUGAGAGUUGUGUCGUUUGGAAGACUGGCAAAAGAAGAGGCUGUAAUUCUGGUGACGGCACCGGAAAGUACAAUAAAUUCAGGUUAUGCCUAG